AUGACAGGCGGUGCUGCCCUUCCCCAUUUUUUCAAGCAACUUGGCACCGGGCACCAACCUCAAUACGGGCCCAGACAGCAUCAAAGCAAAAUCUAUGCUGGAAUCUACAAAGACGCCUCUACUCAAACACUGCUGAGCGGCCCGGUUUCCUCUUCAGCCCCGGAAACUGACUCUCCUGCUUCCGACCUCGACGCUGAAGGGUAUCAACCCCAACCCCAGCCCCAAAACGAAAUAUGCCUUCCAUUUUACAACGACCCAAACUCCCAGCAACUACUGGAUGGGCAAAAUCUCCUUGAUGGGGUGAAAUCUUCCUCGAGCAAAAAAAAGAAGCACAAAAAAAGAUCGGACAAAAAGCAACAACCCGUUCGACCAAAGCGGAAACAUUCACCUAAAACAUUCAAGAGAGACCCCAACGACCCAGAAACACCCUACAACAGUCUUUGGGAAAGCAAAGAAAAUUACAAGCGCGUCGACAUACAGGAAUAUCUGAAGAAAUGCCAAUCCGUCGGUCCCCACCCGCGUUCCUCCUACGCCGGAUUUGUGCAGAGCGAGCGAUUUGAUCGUCGAUUCGAACUGGGCGAAGGGGAUUCACUAGCGUAUCCUAGUGGAACGCCCACAGGUCAAAUUGCAAGACGGGCGCAGAAGCUCAAGGCAAGCAUGGCCAUGGCAAAACUUAGCCGGUCAUUGAGCAGGACUCGGAAGAAAUAA